UAAAAUUUGCUCUGUGAUUAUCUCUAAUUAACAAAUUAAUUAAUUAAAUUUUGUGUUUAAUUUUAUUAAAAUUGAUCAAAAUUGGGGCCUACUAAUGUUUCCAAUUGGUCUUGGAAUGGUGGAAUUAAGGUCCGCCUUUGCCAAUGAUAAUCUGCGGACUGCUGGAUUUCCUCCACCGCCGGGUUAUUAUAGUGGUAUGCCAGGAGCUCCACAUGGACCUUCAGCCAUGGGACAUCAUCCUGAAUCAUCUGAUAUGAGUGCUGUUGCAGCUUCAGUUACUGGGGCUGGUUCAUUGUUUACACACCAUUUGAAUCCUGGCUCAUUAAAUCAUAAUCAUCAAUCAGGAGAUGCUGGUCCUUUUGGUAUUUUACCACAUGAAUCUGUGAAUUUGAUGAACUCGACUUCAGGAUCCACUAUUAACCAUCAUUCUCAUCCUCAUUCUCAUCCUUCCUCACAUUCUCAUCCUUCCUCACAUUCUCAUCUUCACUCACAUUCACAUGGUCAUCCUCACCCUCAUUCACAUCCACAUGGGCAUCCUCAUGCAUCCUCGCAAAAUAUGUCCUCUCAUCUUAAUUCUUCCAACAACUACAAUAAUAAGUUCUGUUCCAUCGAGGAUAAUAACUAUUAUCAUCAUCAACACCAUCUUCAUAAGAGCAAUAGUUCCUGUUCCUUUGGUGGUAUGAUGCAAGCUAUGUCUCAGAAUGUUUAUUCAGGAGCAGCUGCUGCAGCUGCAAGAAACACAACGCGAUCUUCAUUUGACCAUCAAUUUUCAAAGCAACUUGCCCAUGCAAAUCAUCAAGCAUCUGAUCCAUAUUUUAACAAUUUCUUAAUGUCCGAUUCAACUUCACAGUAUUCAUCUAUGAAUUUUCCUAAUUCUUUGGCUCGUGAUUUCAUCAGUUUUGGGAAUAAUUCUCACUCUUUUAAAUAUAGUCAUUCAAAUUCCUGCUCUAAUCAGACUCGUGGUAAUUCAUCAAUCACGAGUAACAACCAUUUAAGUAGUUGUAGUAUGAUGAUGUCUAAUUUAACAACUAACAACUACUGUCCGAAUGCAAACCUUAAUAGUCCAUCUCGUUCUUCUUCUGUUGCAAGCAGUCAUGCAAUUUACCAUGGAAGUGAGUCAUCUUCAUGUAGCUAUGGCUUAUCUGCGUAUCCUACUCCUCCAUCUAGCGGUAAUCAACAAUUGCCGCCACAACCAGGAAACACACAGGAUGAUUCAAUGAGACAUUUUCAUGUUAACUCUCAAAAUAAUGCAAAAUCUCAUCAAACUAAUUUUAAUAACUCUCCUUAUCAUCCUCCAAAAGUUUCAAGUGGAAAUAAUUCUUCAGGUCAUGUAAUCUCUAAUAGUUCCUGCAUGGUAGCUGCAGCUGCUGCAGCAGCAAAUUCGAAUGCUGCUAAUGUGUCCGUCAAUUAUCUACAGCAUAAUUUAAAACCAAUUGGAAGUGGGGAUGGUGAAAGUUGCCUUCCAAAUUUAGCACCAACGAUCUCAGAUGCUAUUUCCAAUAGUAACGAAAUUAAUAAGGUUCAACUGAAUAAUAACAUUGAUCCUUUGAUUACUAAUGAACCCACAUUGAACUCAGUUUUCAAUGGGCCAGAAAUCGAGUUUCCUGGAGAAAUUGAGUUCGCUUUCAAUAAUCUUCAAUCUGAUAUUCUAAAUGGAGCUCUCGGUGAUCAAUUGUUUAAUACUGGAUCCCGCCAUUCAAGUCAUUCAAAUAAUUCCGAUCACUCUAACUCUUGUCCACAAAUGGUUAAUUCUAAUGAAUCUAAUGAAAUUCUUCUGGAUAGACCUCAACAACCACAAGUACCUCUAUCUUCGACAUCUUCAGCAACCCAACCAACUAUGACAACUUCAUCAGUAUCAAGUUGUAUGGUUCAAUCGGAAUCUGUGGCCGUUGUCAAUGUUCCUUGUGUUAAUGAAUCUAUUUUAACAAGUACUUGUGCCAUUUCAGAUGACCAAAUUACAAUCAAGUCAGCAACGGUCUCUAACUCGAAAGGGUAUCAAACCGAUUUCAUACCUAACAAUCAACAACGAUUAACUCCUCCAAUGACAUCUGAUAUUGGCAAUGAUAUAAAUAAUGUUGAAAAUAAGUUGAAUAAUGAAAGUGGUCUGGCGAAAAAGAAGAAAAAAUCAAAAGAGUCUAAAUCAAAAAUAUUUUGUCAACAAAAAAUGAUGCAAGGACAGCAAUCGACGUGUAAUAAGAAAUACAACUCAAUGAUUAAUAUUGUUCCUAUCCAUACUGACGAUCUAAACAAAAUAUCAAACAAGUCAUUAUUGUCUCAUACAACUUGUAAAUCUGUUGAAGUGACAAGCCUUAAAAAGUCGGGAGAUUUAAAGGAUCAUGAAGGGAAAUUUUUCAAGAUGCGACCUACCACUAAUACUACAAUUACGACUUUGAAUAAUAUCCCUGACUCUGAAAUAAAAACCAAUUUUAAAGGAACGAAGAAGCGUAAACUGGAAGAUUCGAAAGAUCAGAAAUCAAUUCUAGAUGAAUACGAGUUUCCUGAUAGUCCAACUCACCCUUCUACGAAAAAAGUGAAAAAAAUCAACUUGGAAAAUUCGAAGAAAAAAGUAUCGGAAAAAUUUGCAAGCAACAACAGCUGUUCAGUUACUAUAAACAAAAAAGUUACACUUAAAUCAAAAAUGAAGGUUAAUCAAAGUUUUACUGGAAAUACUGCCUCGACUAAACUAAAUAUUAGUGAUAAAACAGAAAUAAUCAACAUUAUUAGUCCACGUCUUAGUGCCGUUAACCAACAAUUAGAAUGUAAUAAGAUAAAAAUAGAAGAGAAAGUAAUGAAAAUAUCUGGCUCAAUGGACAAAAAGCAGUUUAACAAUAGUAAUAUGAAUAAUUCAAAUUUUCAUCCAAAUACAUCCAAUCACCAAUCUCAAAAAAUACACAAAGAUUCCUCCAAAGUACCAUCUAUAAUUGUUCAAGAAAUUUUACCUUCAUCUAAUCCUUCUUCAUCGUCAUUAUCUCAAUCCUCCAACAAAACCAUUACUAAUACCAUUAAUAUAGUUAGUAUUAGUAAAAAAUCAACACCAGUAUCUAAUCAAAGUAAAAAAGAGUUAUCUGUGCGAUCGUGUGUAAUUAAUAACUCGGCCCCAACAAAUACAUUGACAACCAUUGUUCCAAUUCAGACUAAUACCUUAAAUGCUUCAAUCAUCAUAGCUAAUCCACCAACUACAGCAAAUAUAACAUCAACCGCCAUAACUCAACCGCCACAAACUCACUUACAACAAACAACUGCAAUUCAAAACCAGCAUGCUCAUCAUGCCAGUUUAAUUAAAAAUUUAACUAAUCAAAACGUUUUAAUGCAAAGCACUGCAACUAAUACACCUAGAAGACGAUCACAAGACAAGAAAGCACUUACCAUCAGAGAAGGUUUGAUGAGAACUGGAGAUUUUGUUGUUUCGCUGGACGAGACUGAAUCUGAACUUCCAAUGAUCUGGAGGAUUGAGGGCAAAAGCUUGUUACAACGCUUCGAGCCAAGUGAACAAGAUGGUCAAAUUGUUUACACAAACACAUCCUCGUAUUCUGCGUGGAAUCCAACUGUUAAACAACGUUACACUGGUGUCGAUGUAAGAAUAGUUGGCUGUAAUCGUACAAAAAUUGUUGUUGAAAAACUUGGUUUAACUCGCAAUAAUAUUAAUUAUGAGAAACUUGACUCAGAGAGGAGAUCUGUUAAUGGUCCAAAUAUUAUCUCCAAUGGAGAAAUUAUUGUUGAAAAAUUGAAAGCACCCGAAGAUAAGCCAGCAAACAAUUUCCAACAUCAAGCCGAUUUUGAAGUUUUCAUUCAAACAUUAAUAAGUCAAGCCUUAGAUGCUAAUUUUAUUUCCGAAAUAAUUAAAGAAAAUGACGAAUAUUUUCUUUCGCAUAUUCAAGCCAUCGAUGAUUAUUGUAUUAAAAAGAAAUCACGUUUCUUUACCAAAGUUAAAUGGGACGCUCACAUUGUGAAAUGUGUUGAAAUCUUCUCAAGCUUUAAUGUUAUCCCUCAAUCUCAAAUUGGUGACUUGAGAUGUCGACUUUGCCACGAUAACUGGAGCACUCAAAUUUUGAAUUUUACUGGUAAGAUGUAUGACCAGGUUACCCUUGAAACAAAGGAGCCAGUAGAUAUCAAACAAACAAAAUAUGCAGCUUGUGAUGAAUGUAAAGAAAAAGUCGCUCUAUUUUCUAAUCUUCAUCAUCAGAAAUACAACUUUUUUACAAAGUGCCGUGAAAAGGUUGAGGAAGUGAGGGGUGGAGUGGAAGACAAAGACUCUCCCAUGAUUUUAGAAGAAUGUUUGAAGGACACAGAAUGGAUGCAAUCUCUAUUCAAGCAAUUUGAGGAAAUAUGUCAAUCAUGUGAUCGAAUAAGAUGAUUUGAAUUUCAACCUCGUAAUUAAAAUACAGUCAAAAAAUGAUUUUAAUGUACCAUAGAAAGAAAAGCAAAUAUUGUAAAGUGUUUUAUACGCAAAAGUUGGCAAAAACAUCAAUUUCUGUUUUCACUUUUUCAAAUCUUAUUUUGAAACCAUUUUGGAUGCCCUUUCGAGAUUGCUUUCGAAACAAGUCAGAUAAAAAUGAUCCAAAUUCAUGAAAUGGCCUGUUUAUUUAUCGAAUACUUCGUUUUCUUCAUUAAUCAACCUCGUAAAUCAUGUGAAGAAAAGAAUGGAAUAUGAAACAUUCAAAGUUUAGACGAAGCUUAUGUUAUACUACAUAAGCUUGGGCAUAAAAUCUUGUUAAUUGAUCUCAUGUAAAGCGCACAUCUAAAAAAACAAGGUUCUGAAAAGAUUUCAUCUGCUGAAAAGCAUCACCAUUCAUCGUAAUCGUCAUCUUCAUUUUUUAUCAUAACUUCGAUUCAUCUUUCAGCUUGUAAAAUCUAUUUAAAAUCUCAAGUAACAAAAAAUCAACUAAACUUUAAGAUGCAAAAGAGAGAUUUAUCGUUUUGCUAUGUUUUUGAUUUUAAUCAAUUUCCUUUUUUUUGUUUUUUUGGAGAUGACGAAUGUUAACCCAUGUAAAGGAUGUAAAAAUUGCUUUAAUUUCAGAACUUAUGUUCUCUCUUGGACCAUUGUUUUUUUUUGUCAAAUAAUAACGAAUCACGAUUGCACUUAUUCCAAUCUUCUUUGUUUUUUUCUAAAUACGGCCUAAUCUUAAAAGUCUUAAUCUACAACUGUAUGCACAUGAAAUCUAUUCAAUGAAACUCAUGAAUGUGCAUCAACACAUGUUAUUAUCGAGUUACCCUUGAAUCCAAUAAGACAAAAUAAUACUCUUUAUUUAGCCUGUAAUAGCAAUCAAACAAAGUUUAAUUGUAUCUAAUUGAUGGAAAUAUAUGUAUUAUUUUUGA